AAGCACAGGUCACAUCGCUACGCCGUGUCGUGUGAGCGCAGCGAAAGGGUGGGAGGAGAAAGCCGGAGUAUCUGAAUCUCUCGAGGAUAACUCCUUGUAUUUCAUCGCACCCAAUAGCGGUGGAGUGCAGAGCAUCAGCUUGUGGGAACACGGCUUGCUGUGUCCGUUGGGGCUUUGCCGAAAUAAACACCGCCCGUUGCCUCUGCUGGGCAGCUCGGCACAGCUCUCACGCUCUUUGGGGUAGAGUCAGGACGGAGCUUUGGGUGGACGGAGAACGAGGAGAGAGCUGCUACGGCUUGCGUUGUGCUGUGGUUUCGAGAGCAAAGCAGAGGGGCUAGUUGAUUUUGCCGCAGGGGAGGAGGUGCCGCAUGAUGCGAGGCAUGGACAAUCCACGACAUCAUGGGACCCAUCUUGCAGACGGCAUUGAUCGGGUUGUCCACCACACGUGUUGCCGCCGACGCCCGCGACCGCGGCCGCUGAGCGCAACGGCUCGACGUGCGACUGUCGUAGUCGGUGUUGCUUCUGCUACGCUGGCGGCGGUGGUGUUGGUGGCGGCCGUCGUUGCCCGCCCUGCUGCUGCGGCUACUAGCACUGCUGCUGCUGCUUCGAUGUGGUCGAGUGGUACCUCAGGCAAUAACAGACAACACUCCCCAGGCACGCUUGGCCUGUCGAAAGGACGUAGAUGUACUUGCCUACUUGUUGGGGUUCCUCCGUGUAUAUCUUGCUGGCACUUCGCAAUCUCCCACCUUCGUCGAACCUUUGUAUCGUGCAGGGUGCCGAAAUUGAAGUACACGUUUUCGGAAAGCUCCGCACAAAACGGUUCCAACGCCGCCAUUUUCGGCACCGCCACUGCCUUUGUUUCGGAGAUAUCGAGCUUCAAAAAUCGGUCCGGGGGAUGUGGUAUCUUACGUCAUGCAGCCUACGGAGGAGCCGUGGUCCCACUCCCGUGGGGUUUGAGAGGGGGCGGGGGGCAGGGGGGAAGAGGGGGCGGCAAGGGGGCGACGCCGCCUGCGUACGCUCGAAACCCCCCCAGAGACGGCGUGCUCUACGAUGAGCUGGAGGUGCACUGGGGAGCUACCGCCAGGGAGAUCAAGAAGGCUUACUACCGGCUGGCUGUGCAGCAUCACCCAGACAAGAAGCCCGGAGAUACGCAAUCUGAGGACCGGUUCAAGCGGGUGAGCGAAGCGUAUCAGAUCCUCCAGGACGAUAGCGUCAGGGAAAAGUACCACCGGCGAGGGGUUUCUGCUCUAGAGGAGGACAGCUGGGAGGGAAGCCAAAAUGAGCAAAGAGGAGGCGGCGGGGGUCGGGGUGGGGGUGGGGAUUCGACUGGGAGGAGACGGCGGCGGGUUGACCCGAUGGAGGUGUUCCGGACUUUUCUCGGCGGAGGCAUGUUUGAGCACCUGAUUGGCCCGCUCAGCCCCAGGAUGGUUCCCGUUCGAGACCCCGACUAUCACCACCGGAAGUCGAAAUCGCUGGCUGAGGAGCUGGAACGAAGGCUGGAAGUGGACGUGCAGGGUAACUCUUUCUACUUCAACCAGGCCGCCUGGGCGGAGGCGUUGCAGCUCCGGGAACAGUCUAUGGGUCGCGAGAUCCUCCGCACUGUGGGCUACGUGUACAAGAACUAUGCCCAACGGUCCCUGGGAAAGCUGGCGCCGAACGUGCUUCAGCCCCAGGCUCUUCGGGGCAGGAUGAGGUUCUACUCGGAUCAAGCCCACCGGGUUAACAACAUGCUGUCCGCGGUUUCGUCCACGACCAGGCUCUACGUCCACCUGCAGACCAGGAAACCAGAGCAGCCGUCCGUGGACCGCAGCAAUGCAGACGAGGAGGAGACCGCGACGAGAGUCUUGGAGGCCCUGUGGAGAGUGCACCGGGUGGAUGUUGAGCUCACGGUUCAACGGGCGUGCAAGAUGGUCCUAAGGGAUCCCAGGAUGCCACCAAGCAUGCUGAAGAAGCGAGCUGAAGCGCUGAUGCGGCUAGGUCGAAUUUUCACUGCAGCGGCAAAGGGCAAGAACCCCGACUCCGGAACCUUCUACUCGGUCGAGAACGCACCUGACCCUCUCGCCUCCUCCGGAGCUGCGGGGUCUUCGCAGCCCGCAUACGGCGGUGGCUACGGUGGCGGUUAUGCCGGUUUCGACAUUUCGAACGGUCACAACUGCGGUGGCGGCGGAUAUACGGCGAGGGAGGAGGGUUGGCGGGAAGGGGGGGCCACCGCGGGAGGGGGGGGGGGGGAUGAGCGCCCGCCGCCACCGCCGCCGCCGCCGCCGCCGGCCUCCGGCCCUCGAGGUUACGAGGGGGAGAUGCGCGUCGAGAGCGGUGAGCGUGAGGCUAGCUUUGACGGUCGCCUGUACAGCGGUAGUGGUGGUGGUUGCGGCGGUGGUGCGUCGUUCGGCGUGGAGAAAACGUUCUGCGCGUAUGAUGCUGAUGACGACUCAACCGGGGGGGGAAUGGGUAGGAGUGUCGGCCGCAGGGAUGAUGACGGUGGUGGCCAUGAAGCGUUAGGCGGGGGUGGUUUUCGCGCUCAAGAGAGAGAAGUGGACGGGAAGGAAAUAUUGGAGCCAUUUGCUGAGAAGCGAAGCUGGCCACCGCAGCCUCCGGAUUUCCCCUGCCGCGCCCAUGAUGGUGGUGCCACGAGUACUUGUGUUCCUCACGGUGGUUGUGAUGACGCUAUUGUUGGAGGGAUCACCGAGAUCUCCGGGAUCUCCGGGAUCUCCGGCGGAAGUAGCCUCAGUGACAGUCAUCAAGGGGUUCCGCGGAACAUGGAUGAUCGGGCAAGGGAUCGAGGCGACAUCGGGCAGGGUCAAGGAAGGGAGACGAUGUCUCGCCCUGGCGUUUUGCCAGAACGAAGCUUCUUCGGGAGACAGGGGGCGGCGGAAGACGAUUGGAGAGACUCUGGUGCUGCUACUCCGUAGAAGAUGUGCGUUGUUGUUUACAGGGAGAGACAGAGGGAUGAGAGAAGUUUGUCGUGGUGUUGGUAGAUGAUUGUUGUGUCGCACCCCUUAGCGAUUAGUUUAGUGCGGGGCUUAAAAGUCAGAGAGGUAAUCUGUUUGCCGCCGCAUGUAGCUGCUCCUGCAUGGUCUGUUGGUGUUGUUGUACACAAUUUGUUGUUUUUUGUGCUUUAGGUUGGAUGCACUGUAGGCGUAUAUGUGUGGAACGGAUUCCGCGGGUGGUUCUGUCGGAUCGACUGCCGCUGAAUGAACCGUGAUGAAUGCAACGAGCGGACGAAUCAAAGCAUGUCUCUGCAUGCGGAUGCUUGUCAUACGGCGUUGUCGAGGCCGAGGGGUUGACACAAC